AUAUUUAUGAUUAUGAUGAAUAAAUUCCGUGUGUCAAAGUCCCCCCUGAGCUGCAGGACCAGGAGACAUCUGCUGUGAAUCCGAGCUGAUUAAGAAUUCUGUCUUUCUGAUAGCUCCAGUUCCAUCAGGGAGUUCACUCCGACCAAUUUCGGUCCCCCAGUGUCCCACAGUGGCCACUGUGGACUCUUUUCUCCAUGGCCCCCUUGGCUCAGACCCUGGCACUGCUGGCAAUGACCGUGGCCACUGCGGCCAUCAUGGAAUUGCCCCUGGACAUGGCCCAGGACUCCUUUGAUGACCAGUACCUCAAAUGUGACCUUGCCAUGACUGAGGCCUUGCCGGCCCUCAAGGACUCCGACUUCAAGAAAAACAAAAAGUUUUCCCAGGCCUGGGAGAAGGCCACGGCCGAGUGGCAGAAACGAGGUUCCUAUUCAUCCAAUCUGACCAAAGACCAGGCCAUCGCCCUCAUGGUCUACACGAUGAAGUCCGUGUACAGUGACUUCAAUAAAGCCGUGCGCACAGCUGGAAAGUCCCGCCAGGAAUACCGGGACAACUUCCACUUCAAAACGCUGCAUUUCCUGCUGACCCAGGCCCUCCAGAAUCUGAGUCGCCCUAAAGAGUGUCCAGAUGUUCCAGAUGUGUUCCGGGGGUUGAAGGAUGUCCAGUUCAAUGCAAAACUUGGUGAUAAAGUCCGCUUUGGUCAUUUCACUUCAUCGUCACUGGACAAAAGGGUGGCCCAGGGUUAUGGGACAGACACGAUGUUCCAGGUGCACACAUGCCACGGCGUGGACAUCCAUGACUUCUCCUUCAAUCAAAGUGAGAAGGAGGUGCUGAUCCCGCCCUUUGAGAUCUUUGUGGUCACUGAUGUCAACAUUAAAAGAAGCACGAUGAACAUUCGGCUUCGCUCCACUGGGAACUCCAGCAACUACAACUGCGAGUGGCUGCGAGGUGGGAGCCUCCCCAGGAACUCCGCCCACCUUGGGGGCCUUCUCCUGGCUACCGUAGCCAUGGGAGUGGCCAUUGGAACCCUCUAAGCCACGAGGCCACCAAGGUCACGGUGGUCUUGGAAGGCCCUGUAGAAGGCCACCAGGAUGAAGGCCACCAGGACCCCCAGAGAGAUCUGCCCACCAAGGCCAUUAUGACCACUAUGGUCCCUUUGUCCACUGUGACCACUGUGGCUGUUAUUGCCACUAUGGCCACUGCGGCCACUUUGGCCUCUAUGACCACUCUGGCCACUCUGGGCAUUGGAACCACCAUGGUCUGCAUGGCCAUUGUGCCCACAGUGACCCAUGAUGUCACCAUGCCCACUGUGGCUCCCAUGGUCACUGUAACUACCAAGGCCACCAUGGCCACCGUUGUUACCCAGGUGAUCAAGAUCACCGUGGCCACCACAGCCACUGUGGCCACCAUGAUCAUUGUAGCAAGGCGUCCAUCCUGGAAAAGCCUCUUCAAGAGCUGCCAAGUGAGGGAGCGAUGCCAGGACAGCACAAGCAGCACGAGGUGGGCUGGAUCAGUCAGGACAGCGCAGGACAGCACGGACAGCAGAGAUUGUGCACUUCCUGACAGAGGGGUUUGGGAGUGGCAAUGUCACGGCCACCUGCUAACGCUCCUUGGCUGCCUCACCUGAUGUAGCAAUAAAUUGCUGCUUGCUCAUCUGCUGCAUAACAAAUGUAUCAAAACUUGAUCCUUGCUCGCCUAGCAUAUCAAAUGUUUAUCAGAAAUUUGAUCCUUGCUUGCCUGGUGUAUCAAAAGUUUACCCGAAUUUGCCGCUUGCUAGCCUUAUGUAUCCGCUACAGCACUUUUAAUGCCUUUCCUGAAGGGCGCCUCAUUUCCUAAAUAAAGCAGUUCCUCAAGUUUUUAUUAGAGGCAA